CCGGCCCGAAUGUACCCGCGGGACCACACUAGUGGUCGGCCGGUGUUGCUUCAGCCUUGUUCCACAGCAGCCACAUCGCAUACUCGACGCUAACCCCCAUGGACGACAGGAUGGGGCUGUUUCCACCCUAGGUUUGCCGGCUCUGCAGGCCACGUACCUUCAGCUUCCGCACUUUUGUUUCGACGACUUUUCGGAUUAUUACAACUCCUCUACGUGACCGUACUUUUGUGUGAAGCUCGCUGCGAACUGUUUCCUUCGGUUAUUCCUUACGGCUUUCGUAGGAACAGUGUCCAAACACUGUCUGCAGACGUUCUGUUUCGUGGUGGCGCGUCAAGGCUGUUGGAUACGUUGGUCGGCUAAAAGUAUCGAGCUCCUUUCUCCAGCUGUGCGAAGAUUUCUCGGUGCAAAGCGUGGCUUUUGGUAUCGAGGAACGUUGUUUUAAGUUGAUGUCAGUGUGCCAACGCUUCCUACGUGGUAUACUCUGUUUCCGGUAAACCAUCUUCCGUUCGGAUUACACCGUCUGCGAACCACAGCGCUCGUAUUGGCCGGAGUCGCCGAAAAGGGUCGACUCGUACGUCAUACAGACCCGUGUUCGGCUGUUGCCCAGUAUUUUUUUUCGGCGUACUCUUUCGACGAAGUGUUCCCAGUGUUGUGCGUGAUUGUGCAUCUUCGACGUCGUCAACUUGCGUGAGUGGCACGGAUGUCAGCUGUGAAUUGUCGCCAGCAACAAUCGUAGCUUAUUUUUGACGCGACGUAUUUUUUUUGCUGGAACUCGACAAUCCGACAUCUGCCGCCGGUGACAGAUAAAUAGCUGAAUCUAGCAGAUACACUGCAAGAAGGAAGGCCUCAGAUUGAGACCGUUUAGUCUGGCGGUUGGCGAAAAAAAAAAGAAAUAGAAUCGAGCCCAAAUAGAUAACGAUUUGUGGUACUGAUCCUGCCACGGAUCGUCCUACUGUGACGGUAGCUGACGAGAGAUAAGGUACGAGAAUAUCGUAGCACUCGGUAAGAUUAGCCGCUCUUCGGCGUGUUGGUGGCAAAUCCUUGUCUUAGCUUGCCGCUGAGUCGUAGAUAGACGCAACUUCGGUGAGGGUGUUCGCACGUUAGGUUUAGAUAAAGCGUGUCGUAGCGAUAAUAUAUUUAGAUAAGGAGAUAUUGUGUGCGUAGCUGAUUAGUUCCUUGGAAGUCGAUAGAAAAUUUGAAAAAAAAAAAAGGUGUAUAUUUUUAACUGGUCGGAUCUGCGGUCGUCGUGAAGUGGGUACUGACUAAUUUCACCAACUUGGAGAAAGAUUAACGGCGAAGAAAAUGGUGCUCGGUCCAGGUGGUUCGGCAGCGGCGAACCCCGUGGCGAACGGCGCGAUAGGGGAAGAAGAAACGCCGCAAUUGCUCAAGCAAAAGAUAGAGGAUGGUGCCGCAGAGUCAUUGGAAAGUACUCGGCGUAUGCUGACAUUAUGCGAGGAGUCGCAAGAAGCUGGACUUACGACCCUCGUCGAACUCGACAAACAAGGCGAACAAUUGGACCGCAUCGAAGAGGAUAUGGACAAGAUCAACGCCGACAUGAAAGAAGCCGAGAAAAACCUCACCGGAAUGGAGAAAUGCUGCGGCAUCUGCGUCUGCCCCUGCCAAAACCUCCUUCGUAACGCCGAGGAAGUUGCAGCGAGAAUCACGGGCAAGGAGUUCAAGGAGGACGCGAGCACGUGGAAGGCGAGCGAAGACGGCAAAGUGGUUAAUAGUCAGCCCGCCCGCGUAAUGGACGACCGCAACGGGGCCGGACCAACCAGUGGAUACAUCGCAAAGAUCACGAACGAUGACCGUGAGAACGAGAUGGAAGACAAUAUGGGUCAGGUGUCCACCAUGAUCGGGAACCUGCGUAACAUGGCCAUCGACAUGGGCAGCGAGAUCGAGUCGCAGAACCGCCAGAUAGACAGGAUCAACCAAAAGGCCACAUCGAACGAGUCGCGUAUUUCGGUGGCCAACCAGAGGGCUACCAAGCUGCUCAAGGACUGAAGACCCGUCGACCACCUGGGCCUGCGUCCGCUGUUCCGGUUCGGCCACCUCGUGCCUCCCUGGCCGUGGACGCAAGCUGAUUGGUCGGCGUGCAACGGCUCAGCUUCCACAUCUUAUGAUUCUGCGCAAUUUUCUUUCUAUUUGGCUCCCGUCUUCCGGGAUAUCCUACUACAACGAUUGGUUGAUUACGUUCGUUUGGUAACCGUGGCUGUGGUUUUGUAUUUGUACUUCUGCCUCACUCAUAAGUGGAAUUACCCUAAGAUUAUGUUACGCAAUAUGGGUAUCCAUUUCGCCCACCUCGACUAUGAUUCUCCUGUUUGAGUGGUGUAUUAGUUUACAAGAAAAUAAAAAUAAAAAUCAUGCCCCGUUACCUUUGGUUAUGUGCCUCAAGCCCUGAUUAUCCAUAGUGAUUUUGUGAUAACUGUGCCAUAAUUUGCAGAAGUGUUUGAUCCGAAACUACACCCGCCAAGCGCACGUGGACAUGGUGCUAGAUAAAACAGUUGCUGUUAGCGGUUCUGCUUUGAGGCACAGACGAGGUUCGUCGUUUGUAGCUUCAGAUGCUGUACGGGUGAUGAUGGAAGUGGUGCGUUUGCGAUUUCUUCUUUUGUUUCGCGAGCUUGGAAGGUUGGUGUUUUUCUCUCAUACACAACAUGUACGGAAAACGAUCCGCGUUGGUGUACGUUCUCAUAAACUAUCGCAAAAUGUAGAGAGAGAGAAGAAAAAUAACAAGAUACGUAGUGAAAUAUAUUACCUGCAAAACACAGAAAAAGGAAUACGUUGACAAGUGUUGUUACUGUAGUGCAUUUAUAGUGCCGUGUUUUUAUUUGAUCAUGUCCGAUGUCGUGAACGGAACCCACUUCGUGUUUAAUUCCUUUAACUUUCCUCUAUCAGGCUAUGCGACGAAAUCAUUUCAAUGUUCAUGGGUUAUAAAAUUAAGAGGGCUGUUUAAGCCACCGUCGAGGCUUUUGCGCAAACCUGUUUAUCAAGCAGCGCUUUUUUUAUGCAUAUAUAUAUAUAUUUUUUUUUUUUUCGCCGGUGUGGCAGUGCGUGAUUUAAAACAUCGUGGGAGCUACAGAAAGCUGCCCUAAAAAAGUGGAUCCCUGGAAUAACAUCAUUGGGUUAAUAUCCCUCUAUAGAUGGUUUGCGACCAGUAGUUGCUGUCACGCGAACGGAAGUCUCGAUCCCUGGAGUCGACAUAUACAGACUAUACCCAUCCGAUUUCCCGUCUUUGGGAAGUGUAAGAAGUCCACGAAAGUUUAGGUCGGCUAUAGCGUGUUGUACUCAUUCUGAAAUUGACAUGGACACGGCUGCAGUGUAAGGUCGAAGGUUUAUAACCGUCCAGUGACAGAGUUGCAAAGUUCAAAAAGGAGGAGACAUCCGACUAUGAAGGUAGAGCCCGUUGACAUUUCACUGGAAUUGAAUGCGCCGUACCGCAGCGUCCCCUAUAGCGGAAGCACUCGGCAGAGCUCAACUUCACUUCCCAGAAGCGGAAUGUGCCAACGCCACCUAGAUACACAAAGCCUGCUUAAUACCCCCUCUCACUCCUUCGCCACGUUGACUUGCAGAAUCGAGAUGUCGUCUGCUUUUGAGCCAACCGUUGCAGACGACUUUAGACACAAGCUUUCUGUGGCUGUCCAUGCGGUUCGUGGCGGGCGGCUCGUCUUCAUAGAUAUGGACGCCCAAAGCACGUCGUGAUUGGCUAGCUCGUAACGAGUACACCACGUCGUCACCAGGCCAAACAACGGCAAGCCAAUUUCGACAUCCCCUCCCCGCCCCCGUUUGAGCGACAAGGCUUUGUUCACUCUAGUGUAGGUGGCGUCAAGUGCGCUCUCAUCAGGACUCGAAAGUUUUUUUUUAAAUCUAUUUUCCUGGACAGUUAUAAUGUGUCAGAACUACGAUGCCGCUACAGUCGUGUACAUGUAGAGUUUCAAGCUAUUAUAACGCGUACAACACAGACAAAGGUUCUCUAACCAGGUGUGCUAAUAUGCAAUCUGUACACCACUUUACUUGAACACUUCAAAAAAGAUUAGCGACUGUUGAUGUCGAUUUGCGAGUACUAUCCCAUCAAGAAUCAGAUCAGAGAGGAAGGUUGGCGGAGAUAAGAAAGAGAUUAAAUAUCUAAUCACUUCCUCUCACCAGAUAUGAAGUUACACGUGUACGCGUGGUAGGAAGAGGAAAGUUACUUUUCGCCGUACUUAACUCAGCGUACUUAAGCAGUCGAUCAGAGUCCUUACAGUGGCAUUGACUGGCGUAUGUACAUGUACUGUAUGUCUAUAUUUGCAUCCUACGUAUCGAACUUGCAGAAUACUGCCGAGUCGAUAUAGCAUUGUAUAAUGAAUCCACGCAUGCAAUAUUGUCCUACGACUCAGUUUUUCUUUUAUCUUGUAGCUGUAUUUUCCCCUGAAGGCUAUUAUUACGGUGUUGUGUAUCCACUGUGUAUGUGUGUUGUGAAUCUUUCGGAGCAGAAAAGCUGUUAAACUAUUUGUCAUUUGAUUUCCUACCGUAGUCCGAUAUUUGCGUGACAGUCCGGUAUCAUCAGACGAUGUGCCCAACAAGAAAAGCAAAACAGAGAGUGGAUGUUAGCAUUUGCGCAAGGGUUGUACUGGUUCAGUUUGUGAUUCAGUGUACAUACGUGGCCGUUUCUUGCGGAAUCUGGGAAGUUAAUGAAGGAUUCUGACCUUGUACCUGGGACUGAGCAUUUGUGUCGCUGAAAAUUCUUAUAUAUAUAUUUUAAAAAAAAACAUUUUCGCUACGUCUCGUAAAAUACGUCAUGCAAGAACUUGUGGCUGCAAUGUUUGUACCGUUACCGUGUAGUACUUUCUAAUCGCUACGCACAGGAAUGAACAUCACCCGUUAGACAGGACGUAAACUUGUUGGCUUCUGGAGGUAAAUGAUAGUCGAACCUAUUCAAAACACUUAACGUACUGCUUGCGACACACUUGUCUGUAAUCUCCAGCUGGUGGCGAUGCCCUGUCGGCAGCGUCGCGCGCGAAGGAGCUAUACAAAAAUUAAUAAUAAUAAUAAUUGGGAAUAGAUUUACACUCCCAGUUUCCCAGAAUUGUUUAGGGGGGGGGGGGGUGCAGCCCCAUGUACGGUGCAUGAACUCGAUCCCUGUAUCUAGAGUGAUGAUAACCGCGUUGUCUGCCACGACGUCCGCGAUGUUGAGGCCCACGCACAGCUCUCGCUGCGUCGACAAAGCUGUAGCUAUGCACUCAGCGACACUACACUUUCGAACUGAGUAAAUAAAUAACAAAGGAGAUUUGAAGAUGUCGGUGAAAGCGGAACCGAGUACCCAGGCGUUGUGACCAAUGACUUCAGGUGACUACACUGUACACGGAGGGAGCUAGUAUGCAAGCUCCCUAGUCCCAUGCGCCACAAAGCGCCACCAAUCCGGAAAGGUACUUAGACGUCGCUCCCUGCAAUGCCCGCGCUGCCCCUACUGUGUGCUGUCAAUUUUUUGUUUCGUUUCUUAGUGCGCGACGCCGCCGAUCGGGGUGCGUUCUGCGACGAACUGGGGGUCACAGGCAAGGGUGUUGCAAGCAUCACGACAUUAGCGACGAAUUCUUUCAUUCUGCUACGGACCAUGGGAAUAGUGACGCAGUGUGACAACCAUUAUCAGACAAGCGAAAUGAUCAGCCGCGAUGACAUACUGAUGACCUUUGCGCGAAAACGAUAACACUUAGCUUCCCGUUUAGCGACGGGGAAUUCUACCGUGCUCAGUAUUCGAGAGUUUGUCUCACAUUAAGAAAAAGAGACAUAGCUAGAAAGAAAAGUAACAGACAAGCAACCGCGAAAAGACGAGAGAGCGUCUACCCGUCGUCCUAGCCUCGUCUCCGGUGUUCAUGUUCACUUCCUGGGCGUACUCAAGUUGACUCUCAUAGGGCUGGACAAUAUCCAUUUCAUGACCCCAUCUCUGUGUUAUCAAGUAAUAAGUGCAGCAAUGUCGUGCCUAUAUGUGUAACAGUGUACCUUUUCUCCUUCGGUGAACAGGCAAAAAACAUCUCAUUCUCCUACACCGCAUGGAAUCUUGUCCGGUACCCAGGUGUAUUUUCUUUCAAUUCAUGUCACUUUAUGUAAAAAUAAGACUGGUAGCGAGAUACAUUGCAAGGUGUGAUAUUAUGGAGAUUGUAUUCUCCAUUUUGAAACGCUGUGUACAUACAGGCUGAUAGUUACCUGGACGAGGCAUAUGGUUUGUCACAUUAACGAAGUACUGGAUGCACUUUACGUGUUUUAAAGGAUGAGUUUCUUUGUUGGCCCUUUUCUUCUCUUCCAUUCUAUUCGCCUCAGUUUUCUUGAGCGACAAGCCGGUUUAACCCAAAACGUAGGGCUGCGGAACGUUCUUAGGCACCAAUGAGGCAAUUUGUACUGGACAUUUGGUAAUGGACAGGUCAAGUCAUCCAAGGGGGUACCAAGGGGUACGGUGGAUGGGUGAUUGCAACAGAGCCAACCCUGGCAUAGCGCCCUGGCAUAGUCGCUGAGUAAGUUUCGUUUCCGAGCUCCUAGGCUAAAGUACGCGACAUAGCGAUCCACAACAUUUUGUUUCUGCACGGUGUGCAUCUCCUACUGCACCACACAGUUGUUCCCGUGGAGUACCGCGCCACCAGAGCUGUUAACACGCGCGUUGACGAGAGAAGCUUGUGUUUACGUGUGCGGCUAUGUUCGCACGUUACGAUAUUAGAAGUCAUUGGGAAUCAAUGCGAGUGACUGUCAACAGAAGCAGCUAUGCCUAAGGCGUGAAUCAGAGAGCGAAUGGAACGGAAUGGCAGAAAGGCCCUUUGUAUUUCUUUCAUGGUAUUGUACAGUGAAUCAUAGCUUCGGAGUUCUCGCUUCUCUUUUAGUCUGCCUGCGUACUUUGUGAUUUUAGGUAACACUACACAUUACAUACAUCGUACUACUAGGCGUUGUAUUGGCUGGCUUACCAGUUGCAGAAAGGUCUUACCGGAGGAACAGCUUCCUCUACAGUGAUAGGCGACGGGUUAUUGCAAAACCGAGUUUUCCGUGCAAUCACAACAUGCGGUGUUUCUGAAAACAGAUAGGACACUAUGUGAAACAUGUCAUUCUCCAGGUCUCUAAAAUCAAUUGAACAAGGUAGCGCCUAGCUCACAGAGUAGAUAAAGUUCGCUUAUGUACAGCUACAAGUACGUUGUCUUUUAUAGUUGCCAAAAACAUCAAAGAUUCCGAAAAUUGUCCGUUUCGAAGUUGCGUUAUCUCAUCGCGGCAUUCCGUACCGAUCCGAAAUCAGCUACAUGUAAAUACUAAUCACUGUACGGCUACAUUCUGAACUACAAUGCACCUAUCACCUAUUAUCCACUGCACCAGAACGAUUGUUCUACCUAAGACACGACUUUCAUCGAGGCUUUCACACACACAGAGAAAAUGAAACUGUACAUAACACCUUGUUUCGAGUUUUUAUCUCUGUAGGUGGUUUGUGCAUCUACGCAGCUGUGUAAUUAUCUUCCACCCGUUAUCUCUGUACGGUUACUGCGUUUUCUGAUCUCUCUCAACAUAUUCUAUACAUUCAUGAGAGUCGUCUUGUACGUAUGACUCGUGGUAGUCAUGUUGUGCUUCUCUAGAGGGGUUCUCCCCAAAGGCUCGUCUCGCGGAGAGCAUUGCUUUUGUAACAUGGUUUGUUCGGAUGCGAUCCGGAUCUCUGGAUCGGAAUAAAGGGUGACGAGCGUCCAA